AGCCGGUGGGACUGUUUUCUUGGCAACCACCCGUCGCCCUUUGAUGACGUAGUUAGUAGGCGGCUAAAGCUCUCUUUUGUGUUUAUCUUGAGCUCUACACUGUUGUUUCGUGAAUGGAUACGGUAUUCUCGUGAAAGAUUAUUACCUGUCGCUUGGCCAUGGACCGGAAACAAUCUUAAAUAUAACACAGCUGUGCAUAAAUGCAAAAAUGAACAAAGGCUGGCUGGAGCUCGAGAGUGAUCCAGGACUGUUCACUUUGCUGGUGGAAGAUUUUGGUAUCAAAGGUGUCCAAGUAGAGGAAAUCUAUGAUCUUCAAAGCAAGUGUCAAAGUCCUGUCUAUGGCUUCAUCUUCCUGUUCAAGUGGAUUGAGGAGCGUCGGUCCAGAAGGAAAGUUAACACUCUGGUGGAUGAGACAUCCGUCAUUGAUGAGGAAAUUGUGAAUGAUAUGUUCUUUGCACAUCAGCUGAUACCAAAUUCAUGUGCCACACAUGCUUUGUUGAGUGUGCUACUAAACUGCAGCGGGGUGGAGCUCGGCACCACCCUCAGUCGCAUAAAGGCUUUCACAAAAGGCUUCAGUCCAGAGAGCAAAGGUUAUGCAAUAGGAAAUGCCCCAGAGCUUGCCAGAGCACAUAACAGCCAUGCAAGACCGGAGCCCAGACACCUGCCGGAGAAACAGAAUGGGAUCAGCGCUGUGCGAACUAUGGAGGCUUUCCACUUUGUGAGCUAUGUGCCCAUCAAAGACCGCCUGUUCGAGCUUGAUGGACUCAAGGCUUACCCCAUUGACCAUGGCCCCUGGGGAGAGGAGGAGGAGUGGACUGAUAAGGCUCGGCGGGUAAUCAUGGAGAGGAUUGGUCUGGCCACUGCUGGUGAGCCAUAUCACGACAUCCGCUUCAACCUGAUGGCAGUGGUGCCUGACCGCAGGAUGAAGUACGAGUCCAAACUGGAGAUUCUGAAGAGGAAUCGACAGACUGUUCUAGAGGGUCUGCAGAAGAUGAUCCGGCUCACUCAGCCUGAGCUUGUCCAUGACAAGAAGCAGCAGGAAUCUUCCUCUCCUGAUGACAGCACUGCUGCGAUUAAGAAAGAGGCAGAUGUGGAGCCGGUUACAUCCCAGGGGACUGAGCAGGCUUCUUCAGUGGAUGACUCAGGUGGUCAGACUAAGGAUGCCACCAUUACUGCAGGAAACACUAAAGUCAUGGGGAAACCAGCGGUGCCCGCAAGAGGAAGUGCUCAGCAGGUUACUAGUCCAAACCCAAUCGUUCAGCGCCUGCCUGCUUUCCUGGACAACCACAACUACGCCAAGUCCCCAAUGCAGGAGGAAGAGGAUUUGGCUGCAGGAGUUGGUCGCUCGAGGGUACCUCUAAAAACCCCAUACUCUGAUGAUGAAGAUGACUAUGAGGAUGAGGAGGAGGUAACUGCUUCUGCAGGCACAUCAAAUAGGGUUAGAAGAAAGGCGAGUCUGCGGUCCCAAACAGGGCGCGCAGUGACUGGAAUGGAGAGCCAGAUCGCCCUCACUGUACUGGCUGAGAAACUGAAGAAAGAGGUCCAGAGAAAAGAUGCCUUAAACACCCCCCUGUCUGUGCGCACAGAAGGGCGCACUGGGGGCAUAUGCAUCACAUCUGCUUCCCAGCCUUCCCCAACACCCAGCAAUGAGAGCACCGACACCGCCUCUGAGAUUGGCAGCGCCUUCAACUCCCCGCUGCGCUCACCGGCACGCUCUCAGGCUGCCACGCGCCCAUCCAGCCCCGUUGCAUCCCAUCUGUCCCGUGUGCUGUUUGGAGAAGACGAGAUGCUGCGGCUGGACUCCAGACAUAACCGCGCUGUGAGAGAGCUGGGCCCCACUGUCAGCCUUGCCUUGUUACACCUGCAGGAAGACGGCGUCAUCUUUGCUCUGCCUCCAUCUGUAGAUUUGGCUGCUGAUGGCACAAAGCAGAUGUCUAUGCCUGAAAAGAUAAAAGACAAAGAACAAUCCGGCACUGUUGCAGGCGCAGCAGAAGAGAAGGAGGGAGUGAAAGAAGGAGAGGAGGGACCAUCUGUGGAAGUGAAAGAAGAGGAGAGCAAAGAUGGAAUCGAGGUGAAACCCAGCAAGGAGAAGCUGAACACUGGGGAGGCUGCUGCAGACAGUAAGCCUGCUGGGGAUAAAUACUCGCCCAAAGAGCUGCUUGCACUGCUCAAGUGUGUUGAGGCUGACAUUGCCAAUUACGAGGUGUACCUGAAAGAGGAAGUAGAAAAGAGGAAGAAAUACAAAAUUGAUGAUCAGAGACGGACUCAUAAUUAUGACGAGUUCAUCUGCACCUUUAUUUCCAUGCUGGCCCAGGAAGGCAUGUUGGCCAGCCUUGUGGAACAGAACAUCUCUGUGCGUCGUCGUCAGGGAGUGAGUAUCGGCCGCCUGCACAAACAAAGGAAGCCCGAUCGCAGGAAACGCUCCCGACCUUACAAAGCAAAGCGCCAAUGAAUACAAACAAUCAAAGUUUCUGUGAGUAACUUCCUCCAGUGAGCAGCGAGCAAUCACCACAGGGAGAAAAAAAAACUGAUGCACUCCUCAAACUGUCUCAUGAAAGCACUUUGGUGUAUUUUAGCCAGAGGCUCGUCUUCUUUAUGAAAUCAACCAUAUGAUUGGUUAGUUAGUUCUUUUAUCAUUCAUGUAUAUAUGUCCUACCAUUUUUGUCUACAUGUACAUUUCCUCUUUUCUCAUGCCACUGCUAUCGGCAGGUUGUAAAUAUGAAAAAGGCAUGUUCCCAUAAUGUACCUGAAGGCUUUCUUCACCUCAUAAAGUCUUCACUUGUACUGAACAAUCUUCUCUACAGCCUUGCAGUCAGUACAGUUGAUAUGUUACAAAAUAUUCAAUUGAAAUCAGUAAGUCUUACUCAUGUUUUUAUGGUGCCAAUGAAGAAUCGAAUGUUUGAACAGUGAAAAGCCACGUGUUUAAUUCCUCCAUAGCUUCUCCGUUCUACUAUUACAGUGUUAGAAAUUCACUUCAUCACACAAAAAGUAUCUUUUAAUCACUCUCUUCAUGAACGUUUUUAAACUUCAGAGAAAGUCACGAUGCAGCUAAGUUUUCUCUUUCUGCUGGAAUAUGUUUUCAGCCAAGGCGCUCUAGCUGUGUAUGUUUGUGUGUUCUUUAAGGUUCUGCUAAUGAAAAACAAGCCCCUGUGUUAUUUUUCUACCUGAAAAUGGCUCUCAUUGUGAGUGAAUAUUGAGUCGGAUGUGUGCACUUGUGUGUUUUUGUACAUAUGUAUCCAUUAAAUGGCUUUCCUGUACAUUGAGCUCAGUUUUUUUUUUGCUUGCCAAUAAAGUCAAUGAAAAAGUU